GCGGACGGGCAGGGGACGGACGACCGGACGACCAGCCAUGUUCGCGGGCCGGGUGCCAGCGACGGCAGGAAAAGGCACCAAGUUUUCCAUGGAAGAGCUGUACGGUUUCACCAAGAAGCCCAAGGUUACCAGAGGGCAUUGCGCGAAAGCGGACAAGGCGGGCGGCAGGAAGGACGCGAAGGAGAAAGAAGAAUCGGUGCUGGCGUCGCACAUCCUGGAGGCGGCCAAGAGAGUGAUGGAGAGACGCAGGCUGGAAAUCUACAUGCGCGAGUGUGACGUCACUAUGGAAGACAGCGGCAUGGCCUACAGGAAUCUCGGAAAAUCCGGACUCAGAGUGUCCUGCUUGGGACUGGGAACGUGGGUGACGUUUGGCUCUCAGAUCUCAGAUGAGAUGGCGGAUAGUGUGAUGACCUUGGCGUACGACAACGGCAUCAACUUGUUUGACACGGCUGAAGUCUACGCCUCUGGCAGGGCCGAGACAACGUUGGGAAACAUUCUGGAGAAAAAAGGCUGGAGGAGGUCCAGUUACGUGGUGACUACAAAGAUCUACUGGGGAGGACAGGCCGAGACGGAGCGAGGGUUGUCACGGAAACACAUCAUCGAAGGGCUGCGUGGUUCUCUCGCCAGGCUGAAGCUGGACUACGUCGACAUCGUCUUUGCCAACAGGAGCGACGUGAACUCGCCCAUGGAGGAGGUGGUGCGAGCGAUGACCUUUGUGAUCGAGCAGGGCAUGGCCAUGUACUGGGGCACCUCACGCUGGAAUGUGAUGGAGAUCAUGGAAGCGUACUCCAUCGCGCGCCAGUUUAAUCUGGUUCCUCCGGUGUGCGAGCAGGCCGAGUAUCACUUCUUCCAACGAGACAAAGUGGAACUACACCUGCCUGAACUCUACCACAAGAUUGGUGUUGGGGCUAUGACGUGGUCACCUUUAGCCUGCGGAAUGCUCACAGGAAAAUACAACAACGGUGUCCCUCAAAGCUCCAGAGCUGCCAUUAAGGCUCACACGUGGCUGAAGAAGCGUCUGAGCAGCGACGAGGGCAAACAGCAGCUGAGUAAGGUCAGAGAGAUUCACCUGCUGGCCGACAGGCUCGGCUGCACCCCCGCUCAGCUCGCCAUUGCAUGGUGUCUGCGCAGUGAAGGCGUCAGUUCGGUUCUACUGGGCGUUUCCAACACACAGCAGCUCGUGGAGAACCUCAGCUCCAUCAAGGUCCUCUCACAACUGACUCCAUCCCUCAUUGCAGAGAUGGACACGUUGCUAGGCAACAAGCCUCGGAAGUCCAAGAAGGAAGCAAGAAGCUGACAGGCGAACAUAUGCAAAUGAGGGGGGCGGGGCGGAGACAAAGGUGGCCCGGAUGUUAAUGACAAGCACUUAAAAAAAAAUCUUAUUUGACGAAUAAAAUAUAACUUUUAUUGUUUUG